AUUGUGUUUAUAUACGUACGGACGUGCACCAGGGGCAGCAGUGCAGCACAAUUAAUACCCAAGUUGCACGGAGAUGGCGGGCAGCGGCGGGAGCAGCAGGGAGGAGAGGUGGAGCCUGGCCGGCGCGACGGCGCUCAUCACCGGCGGCAGCAAAGGGAUCGGGCACGCGAUAGUGGAGGAGCUGGCCGGCUUCGGCGCGCGGGUGCACACGUGCUCCCGCAACGCGGCGGAGCUGGAGGAGUGCCGCCGGCGGUGGGCGGAGAAGGGGCUCGCCGUCACCGUCUCCGUCUGCGACGUCUCCGUGCGCGCCGACCGCGAGAACCUCAUGGCCGCGGUGAAGGAGACCUUCGCCGGCAAGCUCGACAUCCUGGUGAACAACGCAGCACAACUGCUCAUGAAGCCAGCGAUGGAGUGCGCGGCGGAGGACUAUGCGCAUUUCAUGACAACCAAUUUGGAGUCGAUUUUCCACCUCAGCCAGCUCGCGCACCCUCUUCUCCUCGGCACCUCUAUCCCCGGAGGAGGGGGCAGCAUCGUCAACAUCUCCUCCAUUGCGGGCCAUCUGGGCAUACCAGGGCUCGCGCUCUACUGCACCGCUAAAGGAGGAAUGAACCAGCUGACAAGGAGCUUGGCUGCCGAGUGGGCCCGCGACAAGAUUCGUGUGAACUGCGUCGCGCCAGGCGUCGUCACGACGGACAUGAUGAAUCAGGUCCAGCCGGAGUCCCUGGAGCGGGAGCUCUCGCGCAUCCCGAUGCGGCGGAGCGGCGAGCCGGCGGAGGUCGCGUCCGUGGUGUCGUUCCUCUGCAUGCCGGCGGCCUCCUACGUCACCGGCCAAGUCGUCUACAUCGACGGCGGCCGGACCAUAAGCGCAUGAGCUGAGCAGCUAAUUAUUUACCGGCGAAUAGAGUCAACGUGACCGAUGAUUUUACAGUGUUUAUUCUUAUAUGUUGUGAUUUUAGCCCAAGAAAAAAAUGUCAUACAAGUGAGUGUCCUGAAAGCAAUGUGCCCAAACGAAAAAAAUGGAAAUCAACGCUUACUUGGCAAAAA